GUAUUCUUUAUUCAACAGAAGAACAAAAGGCAGAGUUUGAAUUGGAAAAUUGGUGUGUGUUUCCUUCGUGGGAGUUUCUGGCUUUCCAAAUUCCAUGGCAAAACAAACAACAACUCUAACAAAACAAUAACCACCACUCUCUCUAACGUCACAUGAGGACUUCAUCAAUAAUAAUCACCAUUCACCAAUGACUCCCGCUACUAACAAACCUUCUUCGAACAAAGCCAAGGGAGAAUCGAUUCAGCAGCGCAGACUCACCAGACAGAGUAGAUUGCGAUACCGAAUUGAACAAGACGCUGAUGCUUUUCAUUCAAACGACGCCGUUGUCUCUUCUUUACCGGCUUCUCCUCUUCGCUCUACUUGCGAUCGUUGGUCUUCUUCUGCUGUCCCUCAACCGCUUCCACUUCCUGAGUCACCGUUGACUCGACGACCUGAUCAUCUUCACGCCUUACCGUUUUCCAGAAAGACGUCGGAUCAUGAUGCUGUGAAAACUUCAAGGUCUUCCAGCAAUUUGGGUAGACCCUCUUUUGACACAGUGAUCGGAAAUGCAAACUGUGAUUUGAGAGUGAAUAUUCCUCCUGCCAGAGGCUUGGUGGCAAGCAAUAGUUCUUGUAAAGAUCAUAGAAAACAUUCUCAUGAUAAUGACUCUGAAGGUAUUUCCAACUUGAAAUCGCAAUUUGCUGCCAAGAGUGCCCCAACAAGCAUAUUCUCCAGUCCUGUUACUAGUCCACGCAGAUUAAGCAAUGUAGAUUUGUUUGAUCCUUUCACCAAUUUUCCUCAAGAUUUUAAUGACAUUUUGAGAGUUUUGCCUACUAAAACUGCUCAUAGUCCAGACCUGUCUCCUCGUCGUAGCCUUGGGAACCAUGGUCCUAACCUCAACCACACUAUUCAUGGGGGUUUUCAGCACUCUAAAUUUUUCUCCAGAGUGUGGCCUGAAAAUAACCAUGUCGAUGCACAUCCAUUGCCCCUUCCGCCGAGGGCUUCACCACCACCACAAUCACCUGCACAACAUCAAUCAAGUGUCGCGACACAUCACACAACAGAAAAUUUUCAUUCAAUGAAGGGUCAAUGGCUCAAAGGAAAACUUAUUGGGCGAGGAUCGUUUGGAAGUGUUUACCAUGCCACAAACCUGGAGACCGGAGCUUCAUGUGCAAUGAAAGAGGUGGAUCUUUUUCUUGAUGAUCCUAAAUCUGCUGACUGCAUAAAGCAGCUAGACCAGGAAAUCAGAAUUCUUGGUCAACUACACCACCCCAACAUUGUGAAAUAUUAUGGCAGUGAAGUAGUUGGUGAUCAAUUGUGCAUAUAUAUGGAAUAUGUCCAUCCUGGAUCGCUUCAUAAGUUUAUGCAUGAACAUUGUGGGGCUAUGACUGAAUCUGUUGUUCGCAAUUUUACAUGGCAUAUUCUCUCUGGGUUGGCGUACUUACAUAGUACCAAGACCAUCCACAGGGACAUUAAAGGUGCAAACUUGCUGGUUGAUGCAUCAGGCACUGUCAAGCUUGCAGAUUUUGGGGUGUCGAAAAUUCUGACAGAGAAGUCAUAUGAAGUUUCGCUGAAAGGAAGUCCCUACUGGAUGGCUCCAGAGCUCAUGAUGGCUGCCAUGAAGAAAGAAUCCAAUCCUGAAGUCGCAAUGGCUGUUGAUAUCUGGAGCUUAGGAUGCACCAUCAUUGAAAUGCUGACAACAAAACCUCCUUGGAGCGAGUUAACAGGGUAUCAAGCCAUGUUCAAAAUACUGCACAGAUCCCCGGACAUACCCAAAACUUUAUCUCCAGAAGGACAGGAUUUCCUUCAGCAGUGUUUCCGAAGGAAUCCUGCAGAUCGACCAUCCGCAGCUGUGCUUCUAACACAUGCUUUUGUAAAAAAAUUGCAUGAUCAAGAUGUAAUAGUUCAUUCACAAGGCUAUCCUAAAGAAGACACUGGACCAAGAGAUGAUUCACGUAAACAUAGUCCAGGACACGGUUCGAAAAAUGGCCGUGGUACAGUACCAGCCGCCUUUCGUGCACGAUUUUUUUAUAAAGUUCAAAGUUUAAUCGGUGAUACUUCCAAAAAAGUUGAUACCGAGGAAACUAAUCAAGUUAGAUCUUCUCCUGCAUCUCCUUGCUCGUUGACAGAAGAUAACAGUCCUCAAUCUCCCUUUAAGGCUAAUACCCGCAAUUGCAUGACGACUACCAAAUCCUCCAACGUACCGUUCGCUGUUAUGAGAAUCGUGAAGCACCUAUGAAGCAUAUGUCAUUAACUGAGAUUUCACCUAAGGUUACAGCGAGACGAGAACUGUUGCAUGAAUUUAUUGUGGACCUCAGUUCUAUCCCGGGCUUACUGGAUUAUUGGUAGUUACCAUUGCAGGGAUGUAGAAACUAGAAAUUCAUGAAAAUAAAUGGAAGAGGUGAAUCACAUUCAUUUGCAGUUGUUAUUAUGUUUGUAAAUGAGAAGGCUAGGUUAGACUGGUUCGUACUUAGUUGCACCUAUUCCACGAGAGAAAUUCACAUGUAGAAUUUAAUUUAUUAUUAUAUAUAUUUUUUAGACACAACCAUGAAUUGCAAAACGUUAACUAGUUCAUUACUCCUGCAUGUAAUUU